GGGAGGGCGGGCCCGUCAGCUGCGCGUUGGUCGCCAGGAGGGCGGGAGGAGGUGUAGGCAGAGGUAGAGUGAGCCCGGGAGGUCGCCGCCGCAGCUGGGGGACACGGCGCGCUGCUGCUGCCCAACAUGGUCGCUGCGCACGCUGCCCAUUCUUCCUCCUCGGCCGAGUGGAUCGCCUGCCUGGACAAGAGACCAUUGGAACGAUCCAGCGAAGAUGUGGACAUAAUCUUCACACGGCUAAAAGAAGUUAAAGCUUUUGAGAAAUUCCAUCCAAACCUCCUUCAUCAGAUUUGUCUUUGUGGUUACUAUGAGAACCUGGAAAAAGGAAUAACAUUGUUUCGCCAGGGUGAUAUUGGAACAAAUUGGUAUGCUGUCUUGACAGGGUCUUUGGAUGUCAAAGUGUCUGAGACCAGCAGUCACCAGGACGCUGUGACCAUCUGUACCCUGGGGAUCGGGACAGCUUUCGGUGAGUCCAUUCUGGACAACACGCCUCGCCAUGCGACCAUUGUUACCCGGGAGAGCAGCGAGCUGCUCCGCAUUGAGCAGAAGGAUUUCAAGGCACUAUGGGAGAAAUACCGACAAUACAUGGCAGGACUGCUGGCUCCUCCUUAUGGUGUUAUGGAAACGGGCUCCAACAAUGACAGAAUCCCUGACAAGGAGAACACACCUCUCAUUGAACCUCACGUUCCUCUCCGUCCUGCUAACACCAUUACCAAGGUCCCUUCUGAGAAGAUCCUCAGGGCUGGAAAGAUUUUGCGAAAUGCCAUUCUCUCUCGGGCACCUCACAUGAUAAGAGACAGAAAAUACCACCUCAAGACAUACAGACAAUGCUGUGUGGGAACCGAGCUGGUAGACUGGAUGAUACAGCAGACUCCGUGUGUUCACUCCCGGACCCAAGCUGUUGGCAUGUGGCAAGUCCUGCUGGAAGAUGGCGUUCUCAACCACGUGGACCAGGAGCACCAUUUCCAAGACAAAUAUUUAUUUUAUCGAUUCCUGGAUGACGAGCACGACGAUGCCCCUUUGCCCACUGAGGAAGAGAAGAAGGAGUGUGAUGAGGAGCUCCAGGACACCAUGCUGCUGUUAUCGCAGAUGGGUCCCGACGCCCACAUGCGGAUGAUCCUGCGCAAACCACCCGGCCAGAGAACUGUAGAUGACCUGGAGAUUAUCUAUGAAGAACUCCUUCAUAUUAAAGCCUUAUCCCACCUCUCCACCACAGUGAAACGGGAGCUAGCAGGUGUGCUCAUCUUUGAGUCUCACGCCAAAGGAGGGACUGUGUUGUUUAACCAGGGGGAAGAAGGAACAUCCUGGUACAUUAUUCUCAAAGGAUCUGUGAAUGUAGUCAUUUAUGGCAAGGGAGUGGUGUGCACUCUGCAUGAAGGAGAUGACUUUGGCAAACUAGCACUGGUGAACGAUGCUCCACGAGCUGCCUCCAUUGUCUUGCGAGAAGACAACUGCCAUUUUCUAAGAGUGGACAAGGAGGAUUUCAACCGGAUCCUGAGGGACGUGGAGGCAAACACAGUCAGACUGAAAGAACAUGACCAAGAUGUCUUGGUGCUGGAGAAGGUCCCAGCGGGGAACAGAGCUUCCAAUCAAGGAAACUCACAGCCUCAGCAGAAGUAUACUGUGAUGUCAGGAACACCUGAAAAAAUUUUAGAACAUUUUCUAGAAACAAUACGCCUCGAGCCAGCUUUAAAUGAAGCAACAGAUUCUAUCUUAAAUGACUUUGUUCUGAUGCACUGUGUUUUUAUGCCAAAUACCCAGCUUUGCCCUGCCCUUGUCGCCCACUACCAUGCACAGCCUUCUCAAGGUACUGAACAGGAGAAAAUGGAUUAUGCCCUCAACAACAAGAGGAGAGUCAUACGCCUGGUUCUUCAGUGGGCUGCCACGUAUGGAGACCUUCUCCAGGAGGAUGAUGUGGCCGUGGCUUUCCUGGAGGAGUUUUAUGUGUCUGUGUCUGAUGAUGCCCGAGUGAUUGCCACCCUAAAGGAGCAACUUCCAGAAUUGGAGAAGAUCAUCAAGCAAAUCUCAGAAGAUGCCAAAGCUCCACAAAAGAAACACAAGGUUCUUCUGCAACAGUUCAACACAAGCGAUGAGCGAAGCCAGAAGCGCCAGCCCAUCCGCGGCUCAGAUGAGGUUUUGUUUAAGGUCUAUUGCAUGGACCACACCUAUACCACCAUCCGGGUGCCGGUGGCUGCCUCGGUGAAGGAAGUCAUCAGUGCAGUUGCUGACAAGCUGGGUUCUGGGGAAGGCCUGAUUAUCGUCAAGAUGAGCUCCGGGGGAGAAAAGGUGGUGCUCAAGCCUAAUGACAUUUCCGUGUUUACGACGCUCACCAUUAACGGCCGCCUGUUUGCCUGCCCGCGCGAGCAGUUCGACUCCCUGACUCCUCUGGCAGAACAGGAGGGGCCGACCGUCGGCACAGUGGCAACUUUUGAACUGAUGAGCUCCAAAGACCUGGCAUACCAGAUGACGAUUUAUGACUGGGAGCUCUUCAACUGUGUGCAUGAGCUGGAGCUAAUCUAUCACACAUUUGGAAGGCACCAUUUUAAAAAGACCACAGCCAACUUGGACCUGUUCCUGAGAAGAUUUAAUGAAAUCCAGUUCUGGGUUGUCACUGAGAUUUGCUUGUGCUCCCAGCUCAGCAAGCGUGUUCAACUCUUAAAAAAAUUUAUCAAGAUCGCAGCCCACUGUAAGGAAUACAAGAAUCUGAAUUCCUUUUUUGCAAUCGUCAUGGGACUCAGUAACGUGGCCGUGAGCCGUUUGGCGCUAACGUGGGAGAAACUGCCAAGCAAGUUCAAGAAGUUCUAUGCCGAGUUUGAAAGUUUAAUGGACCCUUCAAGAAACCACAGGGCCUACAGGCUGACGGUGGCCAAGCUGGAGGCGCCUCUCAUCCCCUUCAUGCCUCUGCUCAUUAAAGAUAUGACAUUUACUCACGAGGGGAACAAGACGUUCACUGACAACCUAGUAAACUUUGAAAAAAUGCGUAUGAUUGCAAACACUGCCAGGACCGUGAGGUACUACAGGAGCCAACCAUUCAAUCCCGAUGCAGCCCAAGCUAAUAAGAACCAUCAGGAUGUCCGGAGCUAUGUGCGACAAUUAAAUGUGAUUGACAACCAGAGAACUUUAUCGCAGAUGUCACACAGAUUAGAGCCUCGCAGACCAUAGACAUCUCACAAGCCUAGCGCAACGAUCCACCUCCGGUCCACGAUCUUUCCAAAAUGACCGUGAUUGCCACUGAGAGUGCUACUGAGUGAGUGAAAAUGUGUCCUGAUGUGUCUCGAGACUGUAUUCUGCUUAGCACCUGUGGGACGAGAGAAGGGAUCUGACUUUUCUGAAGCUCACACUCUGGUCUAGGAACCCUCCCCUGUGCAGUCGCCCUCGUUCGUUUCCAGUUGUGCCAUCAUCUUUGCUGAAAGAGGAAGGUGCCCGUGGAAGAAGGUGUGUAGGAGCAACAUUGUCAAGAGAGCCAUCAGCUCCUGGCAUUCUUCCUGAGAAUCUUUACACGGAUGGAUUUGGAUACAUCGCUGGAGGUACCAUCUGUAGUUUUGACCUCAAUGUUUUGGUUUGAAAUAUGGGAUUUGGAGAAGGUGUGGAGAACUCUGUAAGAAAACCAAACUGUAGGUUACAUUGUUCCAGCUUCACAGUCUGCUUCUCUCUGAAGGAAUAGAGCCCGGCCACAUUACUAUAAAACACUACGGUUAUUUAUGUAAUGUAGGGAGGACUGCUCUGUAAUUCCUCAAUGAUAUGUAGAAAAGUAUUUGUGUUUACAAGGUUACUUUGUAAAAUUUACAAGUCAGAAUUCUAUAUGUAAGAAUUUCACAAAGAAAUGCCAAGGUUCUUCAAAUUGCCAGCAUGAAGGAAGAAAAUAACAUUUCAGAAGAGCACAAUAUGCACAAAACCUUUUUCAAAGUUGAAAUAUUUUCCAGGCAUUAAAAAACCUUUCAGCUACAAAUUUCCUGCUACUGAAGAAAAAUGAAAAAAAAAAUAUUUUCUGGACCUAAAUGUUAUAAAUAUCUUAAUUUUCAACAAUUGUUUUGCACUUUCAAAUAGAUUGUAAAUACUUCAUUCAAUCAACAGUAUAGAGUUAUUUAUUUGCUACCUAAUAGAAAUUGUGCCAAAUAAUUACUUUUUAUUUAUUUUACUCAUUUUAUAAUUUUGGAGUACAUUUUUUUUCCUGUUUUCACAAAUAGAACUACAUUUAAUGUGUAGGAAUUGUAUGUAUGUAUAUCUUCUGUAAAUAACAUCUGGUAUCUUCAUUAAAUAUAAUUAUUGACAA